CCCCUUAAUCCCUCUAAGUAACCUUUCUCCUCAUACUUUCAGAUUCUUUACAGUUCAAGAAGAAAAAUAGUCUUCAGAUCAUGGCGACUAGACCAGUUAGAGGUGAACCAAAGAACCGCCGAGCUCUUGGUGAUAUUGGAAACAUCGAUUCACUUGCCGGUGUUGAUGGAGGAAAGAUUAAUCGUCCCAUCACUCGUAACUUCCGUGCUCAGUUGCUAGAAAACGCACAAGUUGCUGCCGCCGCCGCCGCUAAUAAAAAGGAUCCGAUUCUUGAUGGAGCUAAGGCUGUUGUUACCAAGAAACAAGAAGUUGUAAGAGCGGUUCAAAAGAAAGCACGAGGUGCUCAUAAGCGGGAGCCAUCAAGACCUAUUGAAGUCAUUGUGAUUAGUCCUGAUACAAACGAGGUUGCCAAGGUUAAUAAAAGUGAUGCAACUGUGUCGUCUAAUAAGAAAGUAACAUACUCUUCGGUUCUUGAUGCUCGUAGCAAGGCUGCUUCUAAAACCUUGGAUAUUGAUUAUGAGGACAAAGACAAUGAUCUUGCUGCUGUGGAGUAUGUUGAGGAUAUGUACACUUUCUACAAAGAAGUUGAGAAUGAGAGCAGACCUCUGAUGUAUAUGCAUACACAACCUGAGAUUAAUGAGAAGAUGAGAUCAAUCCUUGUAGACUGGCUUGUAGAAGUUCAUCUCAAGUUUGAUCUCUCCCCGGAGACUCUCUACCUCACUGUCAACAUCAUUGACCGUUUCCUAUCUUUGAAACCUGUGCCUAGAAGAGAGUUACAGCUUGUAGGCGUCAGUGCUAUGCUCAUAGCUUCCAAGUACGAAGAAAUCUGGCCUCCUCAGGUCAAUGAUUUGGUAUACGUGACUGAUAACUCCUACAACAGCAAACAAAUUCUGGUGAUGGAGAAGACAAUUUUGGGAAAUCUCGAGUGGUACUUGACAGUUCCAACACAAUAUGUGUUUCUUGUGAGGUUCAUCAAAGCCUCAGGCUCUGACCCAAAAUUGGAGAACAUGGUUCAUUUUCUUGCUGAGAUUGGUAUGAUGCACCACGACAGUUUGAUGUUCUGUCCUUCCAUGCUUGCUGCAUCAGCUGUCUACACAGCCAGAUGCACCUUGAACAAGACUCCUGCUUGGACUGAUACUCUCAAGUUCCACACAGGCUACUCGGAAUCUCAGCUCAUGGAUUGCUCAAAGCUUUUAGCUUUCGUUCACUCGAGUGUUGGGGAGAGCAAACUACGAGGUGUGUUUAAGAAGUACUCUAAACUUGGAAGAGGUGCUGUUGCUUUGAUUUCACCAGCCAAGGCUCUUUUGUCGGCUGCUCCUUGAACAAGUCUUGAAAGAAGUCCCCCGUCUUGCAAACUCUGCAUUUUUAGAUUUUCAUUUUAUCUUUUCAUAUGUAAAGGUUUCGGUACUUGUUGAGCAAUGAUGUUUCUGUAUGAAUUCAAAAGUAUUAUAAUGAAAUGAAUUCUUCUCUUCUAUCUA